AUGUACUUCUCUGCCAAUUCACUCAACCCCUCCGCCUGCUCCAGCAUGGAUAAUUCAGCCGGCGACACUGUCGUGUCGGCAUUUGACGCAGUCGUCCCACCUCCUCACCCUCCCGGCGAGCUAAUCCGUCAGGGCGCCGAGGCGCGCAUAUACUCAGCCCAACUCCUCACGACGAUGCCCAAACCAUGCAUUGUCAAGGAACGCUUUGUUAAGACCUACCGGCAUGAGGCCCUCGACGCCCUUCUCUCUCUCAAACGGAUGCGUGCAGAGGCCCGUCAAUUACUUAAGUGUCGCCAACUGGGCCUGCCCGUGCCGGCCAUUUACCACGUGGACAUGGCUCGACGACAGCUCUGGAUGGAGGAUGUGGGCCCAAAUGCGGUCCCCCUCGGUGCCUGGCUCUCCUGCCUCCUACAGGAUGAGGAUCUGGACCGGGAGCAGAAAACAGAGAAGCUCGGUACAAUGGCUCAUCGUCUGGGUGCCCUGCUGGCCAAGAUGCAUGCCAGUAAUGUGGUCCACGGAGACCUGACCACUGCAAACAUUCUCGUUCAGAUGGUGAGUUUGCUCAGAUUGUUGUUGCUUACAUUAUGCGGCUGUUUAUAUUUCCAGCCGAUCUUUCGUAGCGAUCAUAUGUGCCGAAAAGCUAGAUUUGGCCGUUCCGAUCAGCUAGAGGGGCGGUUUCGGGAAUAAUCAGACGGAUAGAUUUAAUUGAUCACACUGAGAUUCGGAAGUUGAUUUUACUUUUUAGACGAAGUCUCAGUAUUCGAAGAUAUUUCUGAAACUGAGUGACGUUUGCCGAGCGCCUUUUUCCACAAAAGUACAAUGUCAUGGUUGGGGGCUAAGGGCCAGAUGCAGUCCUAUAGCAUGAAUGCUCUAGGUGUAAAAUGCCAGAUCCAAUUUAGGAUAAGUACAAUUUUAAUGAAUGUCAUGCGACUCUUUGUGCCGCCCUUUUCGUUUAGAUCCACUUAACAUUUAAGAAACGAGUGACCUAAAUUGCUAUUUCUGCUCCGUUUACUUGUUAUCAAUCAGCCAUUUCUCAUCCGUAGACCAGGAACAUUAAUUUGAAUUUGUUACAUCUGUGAUCGUGCCGGUCUAGGUGACUUUGGUAGUAUAGCUGGCUGUACCUCCAGGCAUGACAAUUUGCGUCGGCGAAUCUAGUUGUCUCCACCCAUCCUCUUCUCCAGCGGACGAUGUAGAAUCUGCUCAAACGACCUCAGUCGUCUUUCAUGGAUAAUCUGGAAGGUCCUCGAAGUGUUGCCUGAGCGAAUACGGACUCUCACAUUUCAGACGAAGUUUAUUUACUUCACGCGAGGUAUGGUUCUCAGAUCAGGAACGCCUGAGACUAUGGUUAAUACACUUCCAUAAUCACAUUUGACAGCAUUAGUCUGUGGUUUACCUGGUAGAUCGUUACAACCAAAGGCCACUUGAGCCUAGACCCCUCCGACCUGCCGUUAGGAUUUGGCCAGCUGGCAAAGGAAGUCGGAAUCGGCUGUGUCUCUCUUCCUUGUCUUCGUCAGUAAUUCUUUUCAACUAUCGAGCGUUUGUCUUACGCGACUUGCUUUUUUGUCUGCCUCUUGGUAAGACAUUUUUGGAGUCCGAAUUCCUUUGGGAACCAUAGAAAGCAGUUUUUGAAGAAACAUCAAUGAGCACUUUCCUAUUUCUCGGUUGGUAGAUGACUUGAUUCGGUGAUACAAGUUUUGUAAAGCCCAUCGAACUCUUUUUCAAAAGGACUCGGAUCCUCGCCUUAUCUGCUUGAAAUUCCGGCUUAUAAAUCGAGUCUUCCUCAUGUAUGGUAUUUUCGACACAAAAAUAAGUCGGACUUAUGUGCGCGCGAAUUCAGUCGUAACCCAAUCGCAUUUAAAAAAGCCCUUAUUUUGACAUCUUCCUGUUACAUUUGUUCUAUGUUCUGCAACAAGGCGGGAUGCAAAUCUUUCUCGCCUGGAGGAGAUAGAAGAAAGUUAGUCCUUUUUGCACCUUCCAAAUGAUUUUGGAAAACCUGACUAGACCUCUAAAACGAAAAAGGUCUAACAGCUAUGAAAUGACUUCGGAGAUGUUUGGCUAUAUCCAUCUAAAUACCUCAUAAUGCGGAUUUAGAUAUAUUAAGACCAAGGACCAAAUAAUCAUCAAAAGCGGCCAACAUUUACGCUCAAUUGAGCAAGCCAGGUCGGCGCGCAAUACCGUUCCUCCGUCGCACAUCUUUUCACCCACUAUGAGUAAAAAUCAGUGAUCAUAAGUCACUAUUAAUUCGUUAUCAGUAGCUCUUUGUUUUUGUAUGUUUAAGUAACCACCCCUAUCGUCCCCACGGUAAGCCGUUACGUUAGGUUCCUUUCACACACAGAGCGGCGGCUGACUUGCUGACAAGGAGCAUAUAUUAUUUCCUCCUAAUUAUUUUCUUGCUCUCCUGAAGGAUAUCUCGGGCAAAAAAUACUCCGACUACCGCCUCUUCCUCAUCGACUUUGGCCUCUCUUCCAUCAAUCCCGUGACUUCGCGCUUUCGAGAAGAAGUUGCCGUGGACCUCUAUGUACUCGAACGCGCCUUGGUCAGUUCGUUGGCUUGUCGAGAGGAACACAAAGAAGACGGACUUUUCAGCCCACAAGCCUUCUUUGCAGCAUUUCUGGCCGCCUACUCGGAGGCUUAUGCGGCACAGGUAGUUGCUCGUGGUAACGACGGUGGUGCUGGCGCCGGUGGGAGGAAGCAGUCGAAGAGGAAUAGGCUGGAAGUCACCUCACCAGUCGCGGCACCCACUCUUGAAGAUGGCCGCCGGGAGUUGGAAUCCAUACUUUCUGCCCUAAAGGAGGUGCAGGCUCGUGGCAGGAAACGGCUUAUGAUUGGCUGA